CAGGGCUUGGUAAGCAUUAAAGGGGAUACUGAAGCUUUCUUUUAUUUCAUAAUCCCAAUUGGUUUUUUCUAGAAACCAUCAAUAGCCUCUAAAUGACUGACUCAAUUUUUGGAUUCUAUUCUCAUGACUAAGCAACUGUUUGAUUUGAAACCAGCCCAGUAUAAAUGUCACUGUGCCUCUAACUCUCUGUAGCUAUUCCUGAAUUUCUUUCAGCACUGGGGGAACCAACCUAUGCACUAAAUAUGUCUAAAACUGGAACCAAGGUAAGUAAAUGGUCAUACUGAUUUUUAGCCUACCCACUUUUCACCUAAUGAUACACUGAAAGGAACACAGAAAAAGUUUUGGCUGCUUUGCCUGGAGGUGAGUAUCAUAAUGAUUAGGGCUGGGCUUGGCUGAGAAGAUAAAGAAAUGUUUAUUAUAUUUUCACCUCUAACAGAAUUACCAAACACCUUAUUAAGGAUUAUAUUUCUGCCUUCUAGCAACUAAUAUUCUAUGACUCUCUACAGGAGUAAGACAUGCUGAUGAAGAUUAUAUGGAGUACAAAACUUUUAGUAGUAAAUUAAAAAUAUGUUUUGUGAACUUUAGCCUCAACCAUUAAUGUUCUAAAUGGCCAAGGUGGAUGACCCAAUCAUGUGAAUAAAAGCCUAUAUAUCCCCUUCAUUUAAGCAGUUAUUCUUACCUUUUCCCUGAAUAAAGUGCUCCUUUACAUUAGGAAAAUUGUUACCAAAAUAUUUGACUCACAGUUGCUGGGCUGGAAAUUGAUCUCUCAGGGUUUUGGGAAUGAGGGAAUAUGCCUUCUUUUUAGCUCUUCCACUGACCAGUGGGUGUAAGGCACAGUUGGUGCCUGGUUUUUCCUCCAGUUUUUUACUUUGAAAAUUUUCAGCCCCAUGGAAUCCUGAAAGAAUAAGAAAUACUGAAUGAAUACUUGUAUAUCCUUCACUCCAAUUGUUAACAUUUUGCCAUAUUUGGUCUCUCUGUGUCUCUGUCUCCUUUUUACUAAACCAUUUGAAAAUAAGUAGCAGACUUUCCUAUACUUUUGCUUUAAAUAUUUAGGCAUGUAUCUCCUAAAAAACAAGAAUAUUCCCCUGUAUAAACAUUGUAUCAUUAUCAUGUCCUCAAGAUUUAUCAUAAAUAUAAUACCUAAUAUUGAAACCAUAUUUAAAUCUCCCCCAGUUGCCCCCAGAAAUGUGCUUUGUGCUGGUUUUUCCCUUAAUGUAGGAUUCAAUCAUAUAUGAUGAAUUGCAUUUCGUUGUCAUGUCUCCUUAGCCUCUUUAUUUUUUUAGCCUGUUUAAUCUAGAACAGUCCCCCUACCUUUUUUUUGUUGUUGUUGUUAUUGUUGUCAUUUAUUGACGUUUUUAAAAAUCUAGGCCAGGUAUCUUUUAGAAAGUCCUGCAAUAUAAAUUUCUCCAAUUAUUUCCUCAUGUUUGGAUUCAGACUAAACAUCUUUGGCAAGAAAGCUAUGUGGGCAAUGUUGUAUACUUCCCAUUGUGUCAUAUCAGAAGGUACCUGUUAACUUGUUCCAUAAUUGAUUAGUGCCUGAUAUUUUUCCAUUGGAAAAUAGAACUAAUAAUCAUGUUUGUCAUCCAGAAGGUUUGGGGAGACAACUAAGUGUUGUUAGUGCUCUGAGGUUCUUGAAAAGAUGCCACACAGAUUCCACUAAAAAGGAAUUUCAAGUCCUUAGAGAGGUAUCCACGUGCCUUGAGCGAAGGCUGUUAUGUAAGUGUCUUAGACAUAUGAAAAUAUCUCUCGAUUUUAGAGAUUUCCAGAGUAGUAAUAGUGUACUAUCUUAUUUAUAGCUGAGUUGUUCAUUUAAUUAAGUAAUUUUUGCUUGCUAGGCCAAAGGACACAGUAAGUUAUUUCUUACUCUUUCUCAUUGCUUCUCCCUUUCCCACUAUCUUGCUAUCAGUUGAAUCAGAGGAGUUAUGGGCUUGGUAGAAGGAAUGAAGUUUUACUAAGUAUGUUUUUGUACUUCUGGGAUACUUAAGAUGUUUUUCUUUCUGCUGCAUUGGAUUAGUAGGCUAUUUUUCAAAAAUAUAAACUUGAAAAUGAGAGAAAUUUUGUAAUAAUUUCUAGGAAAACCUUCUGUAUGUUUCUUAGCCUUCUCUACAAAAUUUUUGCCAAAGGGCCAAAAUCUCUUAGCUGACAGUAGUGGAGAUUUCAUGGUUCUUCUACGAAUAGAAAUUGAGCAUAGCUAGGUGCAACAUUCUCUGGCUCUGAGAUUUGGAAGGUCUCCCACUGAAAAGAGAGCGUGGUCCUGGAGCUCAGUAAUGAUUCCAUAGUAACAGGAAAAGUGCUUUGUUUCAACCUUGGGGUGGUUGGCUCAUCUACUGGGAGGGUGAACAUCCAGGGAGCUUAUUGAGUAUGGUGCAUAUUUCCACUUCUCAGACAUUGAUAUCAGUCAAGCAAAUGCGCAGAGGGCAGUAACUGAGAAACCAUGAAAUAAAAUACAUAUUAACCCCAUUUCCCAUAGCAUAUCUCUUGCAACACCUCCUUUUUUGUGAAUUACCAAAAAACCAAAGGCGAAUUGAGCAUAUGAAUUAAGUAGUUUAAAAUCUAGCCAUUGUUAGAGAAGUUACUUGAUUUUCCUAAAGAUCUCUCCAUGGUCAUGGGAAAAGCCCCUGCGGCUCAGGAUCAGUCUUGUUCAGUGUCUAAGAGAGUAAGUGCUGCCAUGUUAAACAGAGCUAGUUGUGCAGGUAGGAAGACGGCAAAAGAAAAUGAAGUGAACCACAGAUUACUAACCAGGAAUUUUGCUCUGCAGUCACUGGCUUGCUUGCAACUAACUGGUAACUAGCUAGUAACGUUAGGCAAGUCACUUCUUCAUCUGUAACAACUAUUGCAAAAGCUUAUUGGCAGUUAUGAGUCAGGCAUUAAACUAAGUACUUUAUCAAUAUUAUGCCAUUGGACUCUUAGAACAUCCCUCUGAAGUAGAUACUACCAUCCCAUUUUGCAAAUGAAGAGCUUUAGAGAAAGGUUCAAUGCCCUGUCCAAGGUCACACAGCAAGUAAGCAGUAGUGCUGGGAUUUUUUUUUUCUUCAUCUAUAAACUGAGGUGCCAUGUAUCUAAAUCUGUGCUAUGUCUUUUCCUUUAUUCCCUACAUGUAAUUAGUCACCAAACUCUAAAUUCACAUAGCAGUUGCCUUUCAAUGGCUCUCAUCAUCUCACACCUGGCCCAUAGCAGCUGUCUAUUUCCAGGUACAGACUACUAUGUACAGCUCUCAAAUAAUCACCAGAGGGAUUCUAGCAUGGCUCCUGUGUCAUUUUUCUGGCUUUAUUUUCUAAUAUUUCACAUAUUCGAAAUAUAUUAGGCUUAACAAACUAUUGUCCCUGUAAUGGACCCCAUGUUCUUUCACUUCUUUAAUCUUUGAACAGACUUCUCUUUUUCUUUGCCUCUGGAAAAUACUCACUUGUCCUUCAUUCCUCAGCUCAAGAUCCUCUCAAGAUUCUACCUGGCUCUACUUUGAUCUGAAAUGACUCACAUGAUUUUCUGCUUUUAAAUCCAUGAAGCAAAUCAGCCACAAGGGGGCAGCAUAAUGCUAUUAACCGCUCAAAGCAUGCCAUCGGUAGUUUCAGUUUAAAUUUAAACCUAACAUUGAUUUUAGAUUGUGGAAUUAUUGAGCAACAAGGAAUAAACUCUGUAGGCCAUUUGUGUUUUUUAUAGUGGUUUUCAGAAAAUGCUUCGUGAAUCCUUAGGAGUUCCUGGGAACUCUAUCCCCUAUUUCAACCAGAAAAGCUCUUGAGUUGUUUUACAGCCAGGGGUUCCCAUCUACUCUAGUCCUUGCAUUUGACAAAAUGGGAAGCUGAAGCCCAGAGAGGCAACUUGACUAAGGUUGUAAGCCUGUUUGUGGAGAGGUAGCUCUAGAGCCCAGGUUUCUCAUUACUGGUUUCCCAUGGCUGCCAUCAGAGAUACCCCAGGCAUUGUGGUAGAAACUUGGUGACAGUGUGAAGCAAAGAGCAUUCCUUGCCAGGCACUAUGGCUCACACCUGUAAUCCCGGCACUUUGGGAGGCUGAGGCAAGAGGAUCGCUUGAGGCCAGGAGUUUGAGUCCAGCCUGGGGAACAUAACGAGACCCCUAUCUCUACAAAAAACUUAAAAAAUUAGCGGGACAUGGUGGUACACACUUGUAGCUCCAGGUACUCAGCAGGAGUCAGGAGGAUUACUUGAGCCCAGGAGUUAGAGGUUGCAGUGAGCUAUGAUGAUGCCACUGCACUCUAGCCUGGGGGACAGAGCAAGACUCUGUAUUGAAAAACAAAACAAAAAGAAUAUUCUUGCCUUUGUUACUUUGCAACUACUCUGUUGGCAAUAAGCUAAUAAUACAGAACAAAAUAUGUAUAUUUGCGUGGGUAUAUGCUCUGUACUCUAUAUCCAUCUAAAAUAAUCUUUCUAAAGCUAAGGUUUAUGUUGUAUUUUUCACUAUAUAUCACUUAUCACGAGUUUCUGCAUUUGGAACUCACUCAUCUUCAUCAAACAGUUAUUGAGGGCUUGUCGAGUGCUGAGCACAGGGGAUCAUAGCUUAAGUAAGGCUUGGUCCUUGCCCUUGGAAGAAAUCUAGCAGGAGUCUAGUGGGAGGGAUCACCAUACGAAUGAGUAAUUUAUAAUAUAAUGUAAGUAGAGAGAGCUGUGGGCACAUAAAGGAAGACUUGAGUCUGAAACUGUUGGCUUUUAUUAGAGCACUCCUCUGUUUUGCUUCAUAUUAAGCCUUCAGAAAGUACUCAUUCCUAUUGUUGCCAACUAAAAAGUUGUCUGCCAGAAAGCAUAUUUUGUGAGGUGAGGUAGAACUAUAUAUUUCUCCUCAAAAUAUUUCUAAAGGAGGGCAAUAUGUUCUUAAUUUUUAUUUCAUCUGUGAAUAAAGCUACCCAAUUCCUCAGUUUUCUUUGUUUGCCUGUACUUCAGAUCACUUUCUAUGAAGACAAAAAUUUUCAAGGCCGCCGCUAUGACUGUGAUUGCGACUGUGCAGAUUUCCACACUUACCUAAGUCGCUGCAACUCCAUCAGAGUGGAAGGAGGCACCUGGGCUGUGUACGAAAGACCCAACUUUGCUGGAUACAUGUACAUCUUACCUCAGGGAGAGUACCCUGAAUACCAGCGUUGGAUGGGCCUCAACGACCGCCUCAGCUCCUGCAGAGCCGUUCAUCUGCCCAGCGGAGGCCAGUAUAAGAUUCAGAUCUUUGAGAAGGCGGAUUUUAGUGGUCAGAUGUAUGAAACCACUGAAGAUUGCCCUUCCAUCAUGGAUCAGUUUCACAUGCGAGAGAUCCACUCCUGUAAGGUGCUGGAGGGUGUCUGGAUUUUCUAUGAGCUACCCAACUACCGCGGCAGGCAGUACCUCCUGGAGAAGAAGGAGUACCGGAAGCCCAUCGAUUGGAGUGCAGCUUCCCCCGCUGUCCAGUCUUUCCGCCGCAUUGUGGAGUAAUGAUGUGAAUGAGGCCAUAGGCUUGUUCCUGGGGCCCAAAUGCUGGCUGGCCUUUUGGUCCAAAUAGGCAUCAUAAAUAAAACAGUUGGCAUGCAUCCCACUGCUGACUAUAACGCCUCUCCUUAAAUGCUUCUAGGGAUCAGCAAUGUAGUGCCCACCACCGUGGACAGUCACACAAAACAACUCAUCCAUCAGAUUACCAGGCUAGAUCUUUGUGCCAAACAAAGUGAGAUCACAUUAAAAGGUUAGAAA